AUGUUUGUGGUCGCGUGUGUGAUGUUGCUCGGAGUCGGCGUGACGCCGUCGCCGACGCCGGAUUAUCACCAAACGCAGUGUGGCUACCACGGUUACUGUCAUACGGAGGCAAAGGGUGUAAUUACCAAAAGUUCGCUGGUAUUGCCUGACAUCGAGAUCCCACCAGAAGUUGCCGAGUUCCAGUUCCGCAUACCAGAUAAAUGCCAAGAAUGGGGUCGCGACCUGGCCGGAUGUGUCGUCCACGUCUGCGAUUCAGACGCAACGCCGAAGCUGACUGUGACUGAUAACGGCGUCGGCGUCGCCAAAAUGCUCCGUCCCGGCCAGCUAGCCAACCCUGCCUAUAUAUACAUGACUCAAUACUGCAUCUGA